AUGUCUUCACUUUCAGAAUACGCCUUAUGCAUGAGUCACCUGAGCACCCAGCUCUUCAGUGAGGCUGCCAGGCCGACUGACUUGAAAUCCAUGAAAGUGGUGACACUUUUCAGUGAGCAGCCAAUGGCUAAGAAGAAGGAGACCUGCGACUGGUACCCAAACCACAACACAUAUUUCGCGCUCAUGGGCACACUCCGGUUUCUUGGCCUCUAGACAUGAGCAU